AUGAAACACAGUCAAAGAGAAGAUGAAAUACUACUCAGAAGACUCAACCUUCAAGACAAACAUCAGCAGAAGAUGUCAACAGCAGACUUUCUUAAAAUAGGCCCUCCUGUGAAACAGGGCCAUGACACAUCUGAGAAAGAUUUAGCUCUUUCUUUUCUUCACAGGUUGUUGAUGUUAGACUAUAGAGCCAGAUACAUUCCUGUAAGACAAGACAAUCCUGCUGUGGGCCAUUCACAGUCUGUACAAAUGUCUGAUUUUGAAGACACAGAUGAUGAUGACUUUGAUGCUCUAUUUAGUGAAAGUGUAGACUCUAAUGAAUCAAAACAGUUUCAUUUGCAUCCAAUGGAUGUUCAGAUGGCAGUAUUUCACUGCUCAGACAGUUUUCUGAAGCAGAACCUGGUUACAAAGCUAUCACAGUGUCAGUACGCCUUACCUUUGCUUGUCCCUGACCCAGUCACAAAGGAUAUUGAAUGUCCUUUGUGGACAUUCAGGCAGAUACAAAAAACAUGGAAGAAAACUCACAUCAAGGAUAAUUCACAUGCCAUGACCAUGAAGACUAUGCCCAUCUGCAAAGCUGAGACACCCAUGGUGUUUUUCUUCCGCCUGGGUUCAUUGUCAGUGUCGAAAUCUCAGCUCAUGAACACUGUGAUCAAUGACCGUCACAGCACCUUCUUCCACAGGAACUGUCCAGGUAGCACCAAAUUUCGCCAUCUGAUGGAUGGUGUGGCAGAGAUUACCUGGUACUGCCCUGCUGGAAAACCCAAUGACUCCUUCACUGACUGCACUGCCUUCUGUAAUCUUCAUGGUGAUGCUCUGUCAUUUGAAAAACAGUGUGAGAUACUGACAGAAAAAUCUUCAGUCACUGUUGUUCUUGUGCCGACUCUGGAAAAAGGCCAGAAAAGUACUGCAGUAAUCCAAGACCUUUACAAGUUACCAAAGUGGCUCAUUAUUCUCGUUGCUGAUAAUGAUUGUGGUGCUCUUCAAGUGAAAAAGAGAAAAUACAAAAUGGGUCUGAAAGACAGAAGUCAAUCAGAUGUUUCUGAAGAACUGAAAGGAAUUAUCAGAAAGAUUUUACAUGAACCUGAUAAUACAUCCUUCCAGCUUGAAUCCUUGGCCAAAGUCCCUGGAGUCAGAGUGGAUGAAGAUGAUGAAGUCUGUCAAAAAGGGAAAUCAGCUGCAUUGAAAACAGUUGAUAUGCUUGAAGGGAUGGAAAUUUCAAAGAUCAAAGAUACAUUUCUACCUUGUCAAGGCAAGCUGUGGCAUAAGUGGUGUAAAAUAAAUAAAGAGCUGUAUCACCUUAAAGGAAACACCGAGCAGGAAAAAAGUCAGAAACAACAGCAGCUGAUACAAAUAAGACAAAAUCAAUGCAAAGCUUCACGUAGUGAACUGAUGAAGUCAUUCACAGAAAGCCUCUUGUCUUUGCCAUCAAAAGAGAAGGAGUACUUCCUGAAAUGGACUCAGAUCUUAAUAGAUGCCCUAUCCACAGACGAUCUUUCUUUGAUUCUUCAAAGCUAUGAUGAAAAGUGGACUGAAGUCUUGGCUCUGAAGAAGAAACACGACAAAUCUGAUCUGUUAACAACCAAACAAACUGAGCUUGAACAAAUCUCAAAAAAACUGCAGUCUGCAACCUUUGGCCUGGAGCACAUCUUCAGAGAAAUGGGACAGAUCUAUGAAGCCCAUAGAGAAGUACAAGCAAAAAGUAGACACACUGACUGGUCUAAAUACCCUGAACUGGCUGCAGAUCUGAUGAUUUCAGGACACCCAGUGGAGCUGAUGGAUGGUGAUGCAGGUCAUGUGCCUCUAACAUGGAUCUCUAGUUUUUUAGAUAAAGUCAUUGAGAAACUAGGCGACCAGAGAGUUUUUGUGUUGUCAGUUUUGGGCGUACAAAGCAGUGGAAAAUCAACAAUGCUGAAUGCCAUGUUUGGACUGAAGUUUGCAGUGAGUGCAGGCAGGUGCACCAAAGGUGCCUUCAUGCAGCUGGUCAAAGUGUCAGAGGAAAUCAAGAAAGACUUCCAGUUUGACUAUUUUCUAGUGGUGGACACUGAAGGACUUCGUGCUCUUGAGCUGGAAAGUAAUGCUACUCUUCAUCACGACAAUGAAUUGGCAACAUUUACUGUUGGCCUGGGAAACAUGACACUGAUCAACAUCUUUGGUGAGAAUCCAGCUGACAUGCAGGAUGUCCUGCAGAUUGUUGUUCAGGCUUUCAUGAGGAUGAAGAAAGUUAAACUUUCUCCGAGUUGUGUGUUUGUUCAUCAGAAUGUGACAGAUAUCGCAGCUGCUGAGAAAAACAUGGAUGGGAAAAGACGCCUGCAAGAAAAACUGGACCAGAUGGCUCAGCUAGCUGCUAAAGAGGAAGUAUGUGAUGCUGAGUGCUUCAGUGAUGUCAUUGCCUUUGAUGUGCAAACAGAUGUGAAAUACUUUGCCCAGUUAUGGGAGGGAAGUCCACCGAUGGCUCCUCCAAAUCCAGGCUACAGUGAGAGCAUCCAAGAGCUGAAGAACAUCAUCCUGUCUAAGGCUAAACAGUCCACUGGGAUUACUAUCUCACAUUUCAAAAUCAAAAUUCAUGACUUGUGGAAAGCCCUGAUGAACGAACACUUUGUUUUCAACUUCAAAAACUCACUAGAAAUUGCAAUUUACAGAAAACUUGAGGUUGAAUAUGGGAACUGGACCUGGGCCCUGAGGAGCAACAUGCUGAUUAUUGAAAACCAGCUUCAUACCAGAAUUGAAAAUGGAGAACUUGACAAGGUUGAGCGUAGUGAUCUUUUCAAAGCGAUGAAUGAAAAAUAUGAAGCAAUUAAAAAUGACUUGGUGACAUACUUUGAGGAUGAUGGAGACAAAGAAAUACUGGUUCAGUGGAGAGGCCAAUUUGAAAAUAAAAUAAAGGAGUUCCAAGAGGAACUGGUGAGAGGAGCGAUAAAAAAACUGGAUGAAAUUAUUCAGCAGAAGAAAGCGUGUAAAAAGCUGGAUGAUAAGAAAAAGGACUUUGAGAGCAAACUGCUGCUAAAGAGCAAAGAGCUCGCUCAUCAGUUAAAAGACAAAGCAAAAGAUGAAGAGGAACUUCAAAAACAGUUUAACAGUUUUUGGAGUGAUUGGGUUAAAAAAUUAACUGCAGAUACACAACCCAUUGAGGACAUUAAUCUGGAAGACGAUGAAGCAAACAUUCUUAAUAACCUUGGUUUUGAGUGGGGUCUUAUAAUUAGUUGCAAAAGCAAUGACAAAUACAAAACCAUAUCCAACGUUGGUGAUUAUUCUGAAUAUAUUUUGUUCAGCAAGCAGCAAGACACAAAAGAGAAAAUGAAAGUCAAAAAACUACUUAAAUAUUAUGAAGAUUUAGCUACAAAAGAAUCUUUUCAAUUUGAAGAUAAACAAUUAAUCAGAGCCCUCAUAAGAAAUGUUGAAAAACAAUCGCUUGAUAUAAUCAAGAGCAAACCUGUAACAACAAGAGGCUACAGUCCAACUUACUUACAAGAAGUAGCCAAAAAUGUUCAGGAGAAAGUGACAGAGUUCAAAUCAAACAAGAAAUAUGAUUUCAAAAAGGAGUUCACAGUUGAUCUCUUACUGUAUGUGUUUGACAGGGCAGUCAUUUGGCUUUCACAGUCUCACAAAAAAUUCAAAACAAGCAAUGAUGCUCACACUUACUUGGAGAGUAAAAAACCACAAUACUACAACAUUUUCAGCAGCUUCUGCAAAGGAAACUCAUCUGCUGUUGUGUUUGGAGAAAUGAUCUGUGGGAAACUGAAGGUUUCUCUUGUUGAGGCUGUUUGUAACAAGACCGCCAUUGACCUCGCUGGAGAGAUGAGGUGCACUUUCCCAGCAUUCAAUGGGAACAGACUGAACUUAGAGAAACAUUUGUUGAAGUCACUUGCAGAGAACGAGGACUUUGAUGCUUUUAUCAACUACAUCCAAAACCCGAGGAAGCAAGUCGAGGCUUUUAUCGAAGAGAAAGUAAAUGAACAUAUGUCAGAAGAACACAAAAAUAAAGCACUCAAAAUACUCAGGAAAAAUGCAGGCAACAUGCAUGAGUUUGCCUAUCAAGCUUUAUUUGAUGCAACAAAUAACGUCAAAACACAAAGAGGAGACAUAGAUAUGUGGGUAGAGGAAUUUUCCAGUUUCCUUAAAGAUAAACUGACUCUUGAAUCUAUCUCUUGUCAAAACUUCAGGGACAUAAACAAUUUCGAAUUUCUCAAAGAAGAGAUUGAGAAAGGUCUUAUAUCCAUCAAAGGGGAGAUGAAUCGGCUUUCCUUGGAUAAGAUGAAGGAAUUCAGGCUGAGACCUGAUCAAAUCCUCAUUGAUCAGCUGUGUAACUGCUGCUGGGAAACCUGCCCGUUCUGUGGAGCUGUUUGUACCAACACUGUUAAAGAUCACAGUCCUGAAGACCACAGCGUCCCCUUUCAUCGAUCUUUUGCAGUUAAGGGCGCACAGUAUCUUAACAGUGAGGAAAUGUGUAUUGAGUUCUGCACAACAAAGGUUGCAAGUGAUGGAAAUUUUUAUGCUGGAAAAAAUACAACAAAACUAAUUCCUUUUAAACAGUAUCGGAGUGCUGGACCACCAUAUGCAAACUGGAGCAUAACUUCAGAUGAGUCUAAGCUGAAGUACUGGAAAUGGUUUGUGUGGCAAUUUCAAGAGGAACUGGAAAACCACUAUGCUUUAAAAUUCACAGGACGUGGUGAGAUUCCCAGCGAGUGGAAGACACACACUAAAGAAGCUGCUAUUCAAAGUCUGGAUGAAAUGUUCAGUACACACUAUAAGUAA